CGUGUGUGGAAAGUUGAAGUUAGUGUUUCACCAUACCUAGUUACAUUGUGAGUGAGCUGCUGCUGAAGGAGAAACCUACUGAGUAGUUCAAGAGAAACGAGUGUGGAUUUCUCUUUCGGUAUAGUCUGAAUUAUGCGUCGAAUGUAAUUAGACAGGUAUCAUAAAGAUUAUAUAGUAUAGUGGAGUAGGCUCGGUGCCACAUAUACUGGCCAUAGAGUUCGCUCGGGGCACGUGGAAUACGAAUUUUGGGGAAUCCAUGUCAUAUCGGCCCCAUUUCCAUUCCGUCAAAGAACUUGUAAAUUCCAGCUCUCAAGCAAACGGCAAUGGAUUUCACUCUUCCCUACUCUGCCAGAGGCACCAGCAAAUGGAAAAGGAGGCCCACACUUGACCGAAAACCACUCGUUGUGGCCGCCUUCCUCAUCAUUGCUCUCUUCAUCUCCUCCAAAGCCUUCAUUUCCUCUUCUAUCCUCCCCAUUUCCGGAGAUUCCCGACCCCUCCUCUCACAACCAUGUCCGAGCACCGUCGGUGGUCCAGGAGAAAAGUUCCUCUGGUACGCGCCGCACAGCGGGUUCAGCAACCAGCUCUCCGAGUUCAAGAACGCUAUUCUGAUGGCAGCGGUUUUGAAUCGGACGCUGAUUGUGCCUCCUAUUCUGGAUCAUCAUGCUAUUGCCCUUGGAAGUUGCCCAAAGUUUAGGGUUUUGGAUCCGAAUGAGUUAAGAUUCAAAGUCUGGAAUCACAGUAUUGAGCUCCUCCGUAAUCGCAGGUACAUAUCUAUGUCCGAUAUCAUUGAUCUUUCAUCUCUAAUGUCAGCUGUCAGAUUUAUAGAUUUCAGGGUUUUUGUAUCAAUGUGGUGUGGGGUGAAUCUCAACUUGGGUUGUGGUAUGGACUCAAGCAUGAAUUCUUCUUUGCUUGAAAAGCUAAAACAAUGUGGAUCAUUACUAUCUGGAUACGACGGCAAUGUGGACAGUUGCUUAUUUGCAUCGCAAGAAGAUUGUAGAAAUACAGUAUGGACAUACCAAACUGAUGAUGAUGGAAUUUUGGAUUCAUUCCAAGCUGAUGAUGAAGUCAAGAAGAAAAGGAAGAUUUCAUUCUUGAGGAGAAGGAAAGAUGUCUAUAAGGCCCUUGGUCCUGGCUCUGCAGCUGGAACAGCCAUUGUUCUGGCACUUGGUAGCCUUUUCACUUCAUCAUAUAAGGGGUCCGAAUCGCAUAUUGACAUCCAUGAAGCUCCACGAGAUCAAAGGAUACAGUUGUUAAUUCAGAAGAUUGAAUUUCUUCCAUUUGUGGCAGAAAUCUUGAGUGCUGGAAAGAAGUUUGCUCUCGAGACAAUUAAGGCUCCAUUUCUUUGCGCACAGCUUAGGUUAUUGGAUGGUCAAUUCAAGAACCACUGGAAAGGUACUUUCCUGGGACUGAAGCAAAAGUUGGACUUGUUGAAGCACAAUGGUUCUCUCCCAGUUCAUGUAUUUGUAAUGACUGAUCUUCCCCAGCUUAAUUGGACCGGAACUUAUUUGGGGGAUUUGGCAAAAGAUUUUGAUGCUUUUAAACUGUUUGUUCUGACAGAGGAAGAUGAGUUAGUAGCUGAAACUACUACGGAACUUUUAAAUGCAGGAAAUGCUAUGAAGCUUCAAUCUGAUUCUAGUAACUUUGAAGGGAGAGAUCAGCAAUGUGAUGCUCUGUCUUUGCCUGAUAUACGUUUAUAUGUGGAAGAAACUAUAUGUAGCUGUGCAUCUCUAGGUUUCAUCGGGACUGCUGGGUCAACCAUUGCUGAAAGCAUAGGAUUGAUGAGAAAACAUAGCAUAUGUUCAAAAUGAAAUUCACUUUACUGUCAGUGUAUAUGUUCAACAAAUUCAACCGCUGAUGCUGCCUCAUCUAAGGGAAUUUGAUCUUGUGUGUCACUUGCUUUUGUGCAUAUAAGAGUAAACAUUAAAUGGAGAAAAGCUAAAUGAUCAACUUGUUGAACUUUUGUGGCUAGCCUUAACAAUCCCAGCUGAGGACAAAUUGACAGGGAAUAGAUGCACCAAAGGACCAGUCGAGGAUAUUUCUUCGCCCCGAUGUACCCAAAAGGGCGUUCUGAUAUCAUUGAGGUGCGGUGCUUGCUGCCCCCAUCACCCCCUCCCCGCAUGAUUCCCCGGUUCAUAACUGCUGUUAUAAUGGUGAGAAAAAUGGUUUAAUGAAAGGAUGGCAUGUUUCAAAUAUUCUCUCCUGUUAUCCAAAUUUAAGUCAACAAUCUUCAACUGGUUUUUGUCUUGCCUAUUUAUAUGUAAUUUGAGUACUUGGGAAAGAAUACCUCUGCUCUAGCAAGCAGACCUGGAAACUUGUAACUAAGAGUCUUUCACCAAAGUGUCUAUCCAUACACUUUUUGAGUAUGAAUUCCUAUAAUAAUUAUCACAAAACUGGGUUUCCUUGGACGACUGAUGGUUAAUAACUUUUUUCUUGACACUUUAAAAGAGCAGUAGUUGCAUUGCACUAUCUCUGAUUCUGUAAUGAACUGUAAAAUAAUGAUUAUAACAAAUCUGGCAACAAACUUAAUUUGCUAAUACCAUGGAACCCUCUUUGAAUCUGAUGGUGUUCUUGUGCAUGAACGAGACAUAUGCGCUGUGCAUUCAUAAUCAAUGGCCAACAUGUCCUCUAAUGAUUGAAAAAUAGAUUACCUGAACCACAAGAUGCUAGCAUGAAGAAUUUUUCUUGUCCGUCAUACAUAGCAUGUCAAUUGUCAAUGAAUUCCUUAAAAUUCCAUACACUUGUUUUCAUUCUGAAAGUUGCUUUAAUUAUAAUAUUCUCUCACACUAAACCAACAGUGUAUGGUGGAAGGAAGUUCUCUUCUGUUGUGGGCUUAAAAGAAUCUCGGUUGGGGUAUUAAUUGAUAAUAACAUAUCAAUAAUACAUUUAGAAGAUUUCUCAUUAAUUCGUACCAUCCUUGUUAUUCGCAGAAGAAUCCUGAAGAAGGAGUUUUUAACAUAAACUAAUUUUUCAACCUGAAAAGGAAUGUUUUCCAGCUCUGUUUUGGAUUAUGUUUCCUCUUCUCAAUUUCUCUCCUCUUAAGCGCAUAGGGGAUGGGUUGAGAAAAGAGGAUGGAUGAUUUUCUACACCUAUGCAAUGGGUUCUUUACAAACUUGCAAUAUAUGCUCAUCUGAUACUUGAAGUUGAAGUAUAUUAUCUUAAUUAUGGUUUUCUUCAAAUUUCAAUUUUGUGUGGUGAGUGCUGGCAAUGUUUUGCGGGUGAGACAAAUCAUUCUAUAAAAGACUUAUCUGGUUCAAAUCAGGUUGUUUCUUUUUGGAGAAAGAGGGAGUUGGAAAUGUCUGAGUACACCUUCAGAGUUUGUUAUUCAUGGACAAUUCCCCUGUUUGGUUUUCUGUAGUCAUCCCAAGCUCUUCAGGUUUAACUGUGAUACAAUGACAGGGUCUUUCUCUUUGGCCAGUAUCACAAGGCUGGUAGUUUGGUGGGAAGGUACCAAGCAAAAAACUGUUCUUCAUGAUUGUAUUUGUUGAUUGAGGUAAUCAGAGAACUAGUUGAUUAGCUUCGGUCAAUUAGCAUGACUUUCUUCAUGUUUAAGUUUAGAUAUGUGGUCGAGUUUAAUAUCUGCAAAGAAACCUGCUUACACUUAUGCAACUUUUGUUAUGUUUGAACAGGCCCUGUACUUUUCAUAGGGAUCGUUAUCGUUUUGGUCCUGAACAUAGCUUGUUAAUGUUGAUUAGUAUUGCAUCUCUACUUACUGCUGAAGUUCCUACGUGCUACAGUUUAUGAAUACAUUUAACUGAUCAGACUUGCUUUAAUGAGUUUUCCCUGUAUUAUUCUCAUUCAGUGUUUAGGUUUAAAGGUUCUUUCUGCAUCUUCUUCCUCAUAUUCUGCUAAUCCAAACUCAAAGCUGUCAAGCCUGCCAUCACUUAGUGGGAACUGCUAUCUCUCUAGUUUCAGUUGUGCAGGUUUGUUUUUAUAUUGUCUUGUUUUCAUUGUAUAGACCACGAAUGUUCAAGUGGUGGAUAGUUUGGCAUCAAGAUAUGGGCUACACUGAUGGUAUUGGAGUCAAAGCAUGUUACUUGCAAGAUUCAUAUUUUAGCAACUGGGAGAUGUAAAAUGUUCAAAACUCAAUCAUCUUCCUUUUCAAGCAAUCUGCCAUCUUGGUGGAUGUUGCACCACUUUGAGGGCUUACAUGUGCUGCAGAAUCAGUGAUUUUCCCUCGCAUUGACAUCUAUGUUCAACCCUCUGUCGAAUAUUUUUUCACAGUGGACUUUAUUAUGAAGAAACAGGGAUCUCUUCCGAAUUUGUCAAAUAUUUACAUUCUUUACACCCAUUCAUAUGUUAGUUUGUUAACUGUUUGUGUGGCCCAUUACAUGGAGCCACAAAGAAGAAUAUAUGUUUUCAUCUGAUUUUAUAUUCCGAAUUUUUUACUGCUGAUGUAAUGUUUGGAACAGUGUUGUGAUUUUCCAAAUUCGUUUCUUAAAUGUUAACUUUCACAUAAAAGCAUUUGUGUCACCCAACUACCAUAGGUUCUUCUCAGAAUUACCAAUUUUGAUGUGUAGGGGAUUAUGCCCUUACCACUCACAUAUGACAGUUUUAAUUUGAUUACCAUUUUUUUGCAUUUUAAGUAAUUCUCAACGUAAAUAAAAUUAUUUUUGUCUUUAUUAAUAAUAUUUGUUUGGAACCAAUGAAUAUUUUGUUGUCAACUGAAGUUCAGUGAAAUUAUUUCUGGUCUAUGCUGUUAGUGUUAAGGAAUUCACUUGUGUCAUUAAAUUUGGAGAAGUGAAAAUUAUGACUCAUGUUAUGAAAAAAGUCAUAAACUGAAGGUGCCACCUUUAUAUUGAUCAGAGAUGUAGUUAUAGAAAUUUGGCUUUCUUCAUUGGUUUCAGUUAGCGGGAAAGAGAGGCAAAAGGGGAAGGGGGAGAGGAAUUUACUUCCAUAAAAGAAGUAUAUUUUUUUCAAGUUGUUUUGCAUGGCCAAAUGAAGGAAAUUUCAAGUACUUACCAUUGUUUGAUAUGAUGAAACUAAAAUGAGAAGGAAAGAAUGAAUUUUCUAUUUUACUAAUUCACCCUUUUUCUUAUUUAUGUGUUAGAUAGUGAAUUGAUAGACAAUUAAAUAAUUUGAAAUUACUAAUAACCAACUAUAUAUUUAAUUGAAUAACUUCAACUUUUUGGCUAGGUAUGACUUCUUGCAAAAGUAGAAGAAUAUAGUCACAGUUUUUCUUAGCAUCGGAUAAAGGUACAUAUGAAAAGUAUAAUUAGGUUUGAGCUCUGGUUGUAUUUAUCUACAUUCCUUUAUAUUCAUGCUUUUCACAUACGUUGGCUUUUUACCUCAAUGUACCAGCUCUUAUGGUGGGAAGCCAUGGUGGGGCGGUUGGGGAUGUACAAGAGAAAUAGGGAAAGGUGUACAAGUGUUAUUGCCUGUAGUUUUGACAUAUCUGUCGAUGUGUUCUCCAUCAGGUUUCUCAUUGAUGGUGCAGAUCAUAUUUCUAUUUGUAGUAAUGUGUUGAUCCAACUUCUCCUGAUGUCUCCCCUAAAUGUCUUACUUUCACUUGAUGUCAAUAUUUAAAAUGCUGGCCAGGAAUAAUGCCCGAAUUAUGAUAUCUGGCUCAUAGAAAUGUUUAGCAACAGGUGUUUUAUUGCUUAGAAUAGUAUAUCCACAUUUAUUUUCUUGCUAGUUCAAUUAGGUUAAUAGCGUAGUUCAUCCCACCAGGUUGUUCAGAUUAGGAGUGCAGAAGAGUGGGAGCUUGCACAAGUGAGUUAAUCUCUCUACUAUAUCUACUAUAUCUGUUCCCUACUUGGCUAGCAAAUAUUCUUUCACUUUUUCUAGUUUCUCUAAAAAAUGCAGGGUUUCCCAUUGAAGUUUGGAUUUCGAAUGUCAUUAUAUCCCGUUAAACAUGUUUCUGAUAGAAAUUCCAUUUAAGUAAACUAAAUGCUUAUUACUGGUCCAAUAUUAGCAAGUUAUAAAUUUUCUUUUAUGUUUAGAAGGUGAAGAUUUCAUACUGUUGGAAGUUAGCAGGCAUAUAAUGUUUUGCUAGUUUCUAGGACAUGGAUGAUCUCCCUCAAUGGAGAUCGAUGCGGUUAACUCUAAGAAAAGUCAGAUCAUUCUUUAGUUUCCUUCUGUAGGUAUUGUUCUCAGUUCACAGUUGCAAACUCAUGGAGUUGAAAUUAUAUGUGCUCUCUUGCUUUAAACCCGAGCUUCCGAACUCGAGUUCUUUCUUUCAUGUCUUUGUGCAUUUCCUGUGGGGGCUAUGUCACACUUCAUUCAAGGCACCAGAUGUUUAUGGAGUUUUCCAGUAUAAGUUCUGAGUCAGAGGCUUGAGUAUACUUAUCUCUUUCAAAACAGGUGAGUUGUCAUUUGUUAGUUCACAAGUAAUAUGUCUCUGUAUGUGUUAAAUUAGCCCCCAGUAAUGAGAGGGACAAGCUACUUGUCAUACCAAGACCCAAGUUAAAUUAUGGCGGGUUCAGUGGUGGAAUUUGUCCUUGGCUGAAUUCAUGCACAUUUCUCUUGCUUCCUCAGUUUCUCUUAAUCUCACCAGUCACCACCACCGCUAUUGCGUACAAGUCUGGGCACAACUCUCCCAUGUGUGUUAAACUAGGGAUGCUGUAAAUGUUUUGUUUCCAUUUUCUUGGUUCACAGAUUGGUUAUGCUCCAGUGAGCAUUUUGUUCUAUUAGAAAGAGGGUUGUUGGAGCAACCGUGCGUGAUUCCCAUACAACUGGUCAGCCAUUGCAUUUCAUUGGGGAUCAUCUGAAAAAUGAGGGGCUGUUGCUGAAACUCAAUGUUAAGAAAAAUUCGGGCCUCCAGAGAUGGGAACUUGGUUGGUAAUUGGUAAUGCCUAUAGGUCAUAAUUAUCCUGGGAUGAUAUCUAAUGUUGUCGUUGUAAUCUACAGAAGUGGUUGUAUGCAUUUUUCGCAUUUAUAAGGAGAUACAUGCUGCAAAUUGAUAGAUUCUAGAUUGCAAAAAGUUGGAUCUUAUGUUCCUACGCCAUGUUGCUUUAAGACAGAAAAGAAUAUGAAGACUACAUAACUAGGAAGUACAGGAGAUUUUUGGUUUUUGCAUAAUAUAUUUUACGAGAAAUCCAACUCCUUGCUAAAGCAAGCAAACUAUGCCGUAAAAUUUUUAUCCGCACACAAAUCAAAUUAGUCACAUAUUAAAUGUGAUAUAUUUGUCAUGUGAUUGGUUGCAGUCUUUGAACUUUAAGAAAGAAGAGUAAUGCACAGAUGUUGAAGGAAGAAAGCUGGAGGAAGAAAACGAUGAUGAACAGUGCUGAGCUUUUGAUUGAAGAAAGAAAGUUGCUAUUCAACAAAUGCGCUAGCGUUUUUAUAAGUAGUUUACUAGUUUUUGCAGCACACCUUUGUGUAAUGCGACUCUUUUAGCGAUUAGCAACUUAUGGUUAGGCUAGUUAGGUUAGUUAGCUGUUAGCCGUUAAAUGAAGGUAAACUACCCUUCUUGCCUAUAAAUGAACGAUUAUUGUACUUCUUCACUAGAACAGAUAUACAGUAAUGAAGCUCGAUUUUCUU